AUGGUGAAACAUGAGGAGCCCGCGUCGCCUCCCCCACUGCUCCUCUCUUCCAGUGCGGGGCUGUCGUCUCCGCAACUGCCCCCGACCCCCAUCACGUCGCACCAUCAUCAUCUGGGACCCCUGGGUCCGCUGGGGUUCCCCCUGUUGGGUCCCGCUGCAGCUCUGUUCUCGGCGGCUGCGGCCGGGCAAGCCGCCCUCAUGGCCUCGACCCUUCCUCAUAACAUCCCCGAGCUUCUGUCGGCAGCCGUCGCCACCUCAGGGAUCUCAGCCACUACCUCACCAGCCGCCCUUCUUGCCUCUUGGUCCAAGUUUGCCUCUCGGCAUCCGUUGAUGGUUGCCGCCACUUCCCCUUCUUCUUCCACUUCCCCUCCGAAUGUGGUCCACAGUACAAAGAGAGAUUCGCCACCGUCGCCAACCAGCUCAGGAAACGACAUAGGUCCCAUGAGUGAAAGCCCUCCUCCCACUCCUCACCACCUCCUCCACCAUCAUCAUCCGUCCGUUCUUUUUAACAACAAUCACCGGAGCACUAGCGCCCCGCCGCUUCCGUUGCCAUCGUCCAACGAGCCUCGAUCUCCGUCCGCUGUCAGCAAUGCCAGCAGCGGUGGGGGUGGUACCGGAACCGGGAACGGUGGGACCGCGUCGUCCACCGGUAGCAAUGGAACAGGCCGGGGUGGUCAUCGAGGACGGGGAGACGGGAUGGCCACUCCCCGGGAUAAAGUGUUUGUUUGCGGAAUUUGCAACAGGUGCUUCGGCUAUAAACACGUUUUGCAGAAUCACGAGCGCACGCAUACCGGCGAGAAGCCGUUCGAAUGCAAGGAGUGCCACAAGAGGUUCACCCGAGACCACCACCUCAAGACCCACAUGAGAUUGCACACGGGAGAGAAGCCGUACCAUUGCACUCAUUGCGAGAGGCAGUUCGUGCAGGUGGCGAACCUGAGGCGCCACCUCCGGGUCCACACGGGAGAAAGGCCCUAUGCAUGCGAGCUCUGCAAUUCCCGCUUCUCGGAUUCUAACCAGUUGAAGGCGCACAUGCUGAUACACAAAGGAGAGAAGCCCUUCGAGUGCUCCAAGUGCCUGGGACGGUUCCGUCGACGCCAUCAUUUGAUGCACCACAAGUGCCCUGGGACAGAGGAGGAAUUCGACCGCGGACCACCCACAUUGAUAGGUCUUCGCCGCCAACCUGGGAGUCCAGGUGAAGACCCCGAGGUGGGUGGAGGAGUAGGAGGAGGAGGAGGUGGGGUCGUGGGUGGAGGUAGGUAUUCCCCGACCCCGAUGGACAGACCAGUGCUCAUCGAGCCGACUCCACCGUACAGCCUCCACCCGGAGGAGCCCCUCCAGUUGGGAAUAAGCCUGGUGAACCGGAAGCGGAAGCCGAGGGAGACUCGCAGGCUGAUCCGGAUGAGCCAGGAUGCAGGAGACAACCCCAUGCCCUCCGCCCCGUGUCCAUCCGUGCCAGAGAGCCUCUUCUUGCCUCCGAAUGUCACCGGAGUCUUUCAUCGCCAUCACCUGCGGAGCCUCCCGAUGCCCCCGGAGCAGACGGAGCCCGAGGAUUUGAGCGUGACGUCCUCGUCUCGCCGUCGGAGGAGGCAUCUGUCCGGCAUGGAGGAGGAUGAGGAGGAGGAGGACACCGACGAAGACGCGGCGGCUCCGUCCUCUCAACACCAUCGGAACAAUGGGGAGGUGGCUCAAGUCAUGUGA